AUGUCGUUUUCUCAUCUGAGAACUGUCAAUAAUCACGAGUACGCCACCUUUCGCGAGGCCUGUAUGAUGCUGCAUUUGAUCGAAGAUGAUGGAGAAUGGACCAGAGCCUUUGAAGAAGCUGCUACCUUUGCCUCUGGCUACGCAAUGCGUUCAAUGUUUGUCUCUGCGCUCAUGUUCAACUCAUUGGUAUCGCCUGUUCAGAUUUGGGAUCAAUUCUGUGAAAGUUUCUGUGAUGAUCUUGAGCAUGCAAUCGUGCAAAAAGGGUAUUCGCUGCUGCUCAGCGUGCAACCUGACGCUGAAUUUUACCAUGGAACGCGAAGUCUUGAUUACGGCUUAUAUCUGUUGCAAACAUCUCUUGGUGCACAAGACAGAUCUCUAGGUCAGUUCAAUUUGCCUUUGCCUCUCUUCAACUGGAAUGGCUUGAUAAGCAGAAUGACUGGCAUACAGCGCAAUUCAUUGAUACUCAAUGAAAUGUCAUAUCUCCAAGAUCAAGAAGCCUUUUCGUACCAGCAAAAGUACGCUCAAAUGAACGCUACCCAGAAGCACGUAUUUGAUACCAUCACCUCCUCCAUCAACAGCAACACCAAUAGCUCACAUUUCUUUUUGCAAGCCAGGAAAAUUGUUCUCUGUGUUGCCUCCUCUGGCAUUGCUGCUUUGCUACUUCCUGGUGGGCGUACGUCGCACUCUCGCUUUGCCAUUCCACUCAACAUCCACGAGCAGUCUGUGUGUGCAAUCAAGAAAAACGAUGAUCUUGCUGAUCUCAUUCGAGAGACAUCAUUGAUAAUUUGGGAUGAAGUGCCAAUGCAGCAUCGAUAUUGCUUUGAAGCUUUUGAUCGAACACUUCGUGAUAUUUGUAGUCGUGGUGAUGAAGUUACCUUUGGUGGUAUUCCUGUUGUUCUUGGCGGUGAUUUUGCUCAAAUUCCACCUGUUGUUAGGCAAGGUGGCCGUCCUGAAAUCGUCAAUGCCUCACUGAAAUCGUCAAGAUUAUGGCCCAAAUUACAAAAGCUGAGCCUGACUGAGAAUAUGAGACUUGCCAACUCCAAUGACACAGAUAGGCAAUUUGCAGAUUGGAUAGGAAAAAUGUCGUAUGAACCAUCCAUGAUUGGCAGCAUUGCUUUGCCCUCUUUUUUGAGGCAGAUGACUGAUCUUGAUCAGUUCAUUGAAGAUAUCUAUCCUCAGCAUGUUCUGCAGUGUCCUCUGCAAAAUAGUGAUUUCUUCAAGGAAGAGCUAUUCUCUGUUCAAAGAACGUCAACGUUGAUGCUAUUAACAGCAAGGUGA